UCGCACAUACAAAGUUUUUACAGUGAUAACAGGACACUUGCCGGCAGACCGUUUGUGCUGAUUUAACAAAUGAAGUCAGCAGAAAACAGCAAAAAAAACUCCAUGACAGCUGUUUGUUGUGAUGUUUACCUUUAUUGUUAUUCCUAGCGGAUGUACCGUUUGGUAGAUUGUUAGUAGCUCUCGCGGCUAAAAAAGUUUACAUUUUAGCUCUCUCCAUAAACAAAAAGUGAUCCCUGUUAGAAAACGGUGUCGAAGUUUUUUUUCCGACACCAUGAACCACAGUGACCGUGCCGUGCAGCAUCGAGCCCGUAACAUCCACCCCGAAUGGAGUGCCGAAGAGUAUCACGUGGAAUGAAACGAUUGACCCGGUGGUGGUCCUGCGCUUCCGGUCUAAAGAGCGGCAAGUUCCGGUCCAGGUGCUGUUGUGCAGUUACCGCUCUAGCUCUCUUAGCUUUAUGCUAUAUUAUUUUUAGUCUACUCGUAUCGCAUACGUCCAAAACAGCUUGCCAAAACAGCUAUGAAGUUAUAGAUGUAGUAUAUACAUGGGUGAAUGGAAGUGAUCCUCAGUUUUUGGACGAGCUCGCCCGCUAUUCUUCGACUCGAGACAAUGCUCGGUAUGAUGAUAAACAUGAGCUCCGAUACUCGCUGCGAUCGCUGGAGAAAUAUGCGCCAUGGAUAAGGAAUGUGUACAUAGUAACGAAUGGACAGGUGCCGUGCUGGCUGAAUCUGGAAAACCCACGUGUCCAAAUCGUACCGCAUGCCGACAUUGCGGAUGAGGACACAGCGCUACCCACAUUUUCCAGUGCCAGCAUCGAAACGUUUAUACACCGCAUACCGGGAUUAUCGCAGCGGUUCCUUUAUCUGAACGAUGACAUCUUUCUCGGGGCACCGCUACAUCCAGACGAUUUGCAAACGCUCGCCGAAGGCGUAAAGGUGUUCACUGCCUGGAUUGUUCCGGACUGUGCACCAGACUGUCCGUGGAUGUUCGUGGGUGAUGGAUCCUGCGAUCACGAUUGCUUUGUUGAGGACUGCCAGUUUGACGGUGGCGACUGUGAUCAUCCCGACUACAGGGCGGAACGUGAGCGGCUUCAUCCGUUGCACGACUACGAAGACGUUUCCGCGCCAGUAGAUGCGGUAGAACCGGUCGAAGAGGAGGGAGAGCAGAUGUUUAUCGAUGUUCCAAAAAUGUUUCCCCGCGUUUCGCCCGGCAGUGUACGAGCGUCGGAAAAUAUUCGUGAUAUUUAUGAUUUUUUUCGCAUGAAAAGUAGCAACGGUAACUCUUCGACGCGACAGCUCGUCGAGCGGUUCAACAAAGAAAAGAUGAAAUUAAAGAAACGACAAGCGAAGCACCGUAGUCUUCUGGGUCGUGGUCACCAGCGAACUGCAGAAAGGCAAGGUCAGGCGGAGCAAAACCGUACGAUCGGCAACAAUGCACAGGAAGGGCGUCUGCCGUCGAUGGGUGGGAAUUCCGCCGUUAAUGAUAUCUUCGCCAACUCGCUGAUCCAUACGAACCGUGUGUUGAAUCGGGUCUAUGGCUUCCACAAUCGCAAAGUGCUGGCCCACGUAGGCUUUCUUCUGGACGUGCAAAUAAUCGAACGAAUGCUGGAGCGCUUUCGAGACGAGUUUCUCGUCACCAAACGGCAUCGAUUUCGGGCGAAAGACGAUAUGCAGUAUGCAUUUAGCUAUUAUCAUUUCUUGAUGAGCGAAUCUCGAAACAAAACGGUUGGCGAGAUAUUUGAUGACUUCGACACCGAUGCCUCCGGCACAUGGUCGGAUCGGGAAAUUCGAACUCUCCUGACGAAGGUGUACAAUCUUCCGCUGGAUUGGUCGGCCGUUCGGUACUUCGAGGAGGUUGUCACCAACUGUUCCCUUCAGCAAAACAAUUUUCUUCCACUGGAACAUCAGCAGGAACAGCGGAAGGUAUAUCCCACACUGGUGUACGAGCGGUACGAGGAUUCAACAAUUCCGACAGUAACAAAACCGAUGGUGGUGGGUUGUACCGAGCUUGCCGAUAUGAUGAAAGCCAAUUUCGGCAAGGUAUCCCGCUAUCGGUAUCACGUGAGCGCCAAAACUGGCAUCUACAGCAAUUUCAAGAUGCUCACCUCCAACAUCACGCAGGUCGUCGACGCGCUCGACGAGCUACGCAAAACACCAAAGAAGUUCAACUGCAUAAACGAUAACCUAAGCGAUGAUCGGCCCGAGGACAACCAGUUGAUCACAGCCCUGCUAGAGGACUUCUAUCUUAGUCUUUUCCCGGCUCGCAGUAACUUCGAGCUGGAGAGCACGUACCGGAACCGAUUCCAACGCUACGACGACUAUCGCUCUUGGCUGUGGCGGAAAACGUUCUUCCGGAACACGGUUUAUCUCGUCUGUGGGACUGUGUUUCUUGUCUGUGUCCGUUUGCUGUGCUGCCGUCACAAGGGAAAGUUUGCACGCACCCUGCUACUGUUAGGGGCGGCUCGGUCAGCAGAUUAUACCAACCUUUCCUAAUAAAACAGCGGCAAGUGUUUCCGGUGGAUAGUGCUCAAUGCUCACAAUUCGGGUAACAAAUACGGCCAAAACGUAAUACUUAUAUUUGUGGUUCAAACAGGAACAAUUAAACACAACACAAACCACACGCACACACAAGUAAAUGCUCGUUCUUCGCGAUAUCCUUCUUGUUGCUCAAGACCGAUGCGAACCGUUCGAUACGUUCGACAUACUAGAAGAAACGGUAUAGGUCGGACCGGUGUAGCGUCGGUUUAGCUUCCGGUAGGCAAAUAUUCCGAUGAUGCCGAGCACUAUUGUGGCUGCAAUACUGAUCCCUAUGAUCGCACCGACACUCAUAGCUAUGCGCAUGAAAAGGAUUAGAAAAAAAAGUUAACCAUUUUGUGAGCAACCUACUCGCGGUGGGAGAGAAUGCAUGAGGGUUACACAUUCAGCAGAAUACUGAACUCGA